GAAGAAAUUACGAUAUUCAUUUUCAGUCAUCUAGGGCGGUUACCAUGGUGACAAUGUAAACUAAUCUGUUUAGACAGAUCAGAAUACUCAAGUAAGGCGAAAGGGCCUUCUAUAACACGAUGUCCCAAGGAAAAGGCGGAGACUCGUCGAAAGGCACGACCGUGAGGGAGGCGCUGAAGCAGUGGGAGGAAGGCACCGGCCAGAAAGCAGCAGAAGCCCUGGAGGUCAAACUCAUUGGACUCUAUCCCCCUAUCGAAAAAUUAGAUUCGUCCUUGCAGACUCUGGUUAACUGCGAGAAGCUGUGUCUCUCCACCAACAUGAUAGAAAAGUUAAGUCAUCUUAAUAACCUCCGCAACCUCAAGAUUCUUAGCCUCGGUAGAAACAAUAUCAAAACUUUCGCCGGCCUGGAGGUGCUGGCGGAGACGCUGGAGCAGCUGUGGAUUUCGUAUAACAUGAUCGAGAAGAUGAAGGGCGUCGGUGUCCUCAAGAAGCUAAAGGUGCUGUACAUGUCCAACAAUCUGGUCAAGGAUUGGGUGGAGUUUAUUAAACUCACAGAGCUGACGGCGCUGGAGGAGCUCAAUUUUGUAGGUAACCCGCUGGAGGAGAAGCAUACCGGAGAAGGAACGUGGCGGACGGAAGUGGAGAGGAAGCUAACAGGACUGAAGAAAUUAGACGGUUUGCCCAUCAUUCGCGAGAUGGACGACGAGGCUAUCAUAGAACAGCAGCAGGAACAGCAACAGCAACAGCAGCAGCAGCAGCAACAGCAGCAACAGUCGGAGAGGAAAGAUUCGACGAGACCUACAACGCCAUCUUAGGAUUUUAUUUUAUUUAUUUAACUUAAUUAAUGUUUUUUCACACGUGGUUUUAUGAAUGCAUGGCUAACCACAAAUGAAACCACGUUCGCCUCAUCGGUGAGUAAAUAUAAUAACGGUUUUG